CAUCUACAAAACCAUCCAAAAUAUGUGAAGAUGGCAUUUUAAAUAAUAAAAUAAUAGCAUAACACCAUUAAAAUAAGCAAUUAAGAACUACUACUACUACUACUCCUACUACUUUAUUCACAAUUCCCACACGGCGCUGUUUACGAUCGGUCAUCCGUUCACCAGACGUUGAAAAAAGACAUGACGUCUAGCUACAUGCAUGCAACCCUCCAAGAACGGCGGCUAUGUACUAAUUAUGUAUUUUCUAUAUCAACUGUGGCUGCGUCUUUCAAAUAAAUGUUGUAAUUGAGUGUGAACAGUGACCCAUAGGAGCCCACAGACCCACACACGCUCCGGUAAGGCGAUAAUGAUCAUGCGUCCUUUGAAUAGCUGCAUUAGCUGCAUACACUGGAUGACUGAAUGCUCCCUCUAAUUGCAGACUGUUAUGAUGUUGUCCUUGGAGCAAUCUGUACAAGGUAUGGCAUUGGCGAGCUCAUUUCUUACCCAGAGUCACUUCCAGUUCCCACGUCCACCCGGCCAUUGUCUGGAUACACUCUACUGUACAUAUUCACAUUUCUUUUUUUAGUUUGUUUAUUUAUGCUUCUGCAUUCAGCAUACUGAUGCAUUCAAAGUCUGUUCUUAGGUAUGUGACCUGAGCGUGUCGAAUAAAUUUCAAAUGUGGACAUAAAACAAUCUUUUUUUGUUUUUAAUCCACACGACCGUUCCUAAAAUACAAUUAAACGGGAAAACAGCAAAAAUGGAAAACACAGCAGUAAUUUUACAAGAAUAAAGUCAUAAUACUGUAGUACAGGGGGAAAAAAGUCACUAUGAGUCGUUUUUAGGACGAAUUCUUCUUCUUUUUUUGGAAGAAUUCAGUUAAAAUAUUCAAGAAAAAAGAACAAAUGUUCCAAAGUCAUAACAUUAUGGGAACCAAAACAAAAAAAUUACAUUGCAAAUUUUGGAAAAUUAGGUUGGGAAAAAGUUAUAGUGUUAUGACAAUAAAAAUGUAAAUGUUGAAAUAUUUGAAAAAAAAACCCCAACAAAAAUGGAUAAGCAAGCAAAAAAAAGUGUGAUUUAAGGAGAAAAAGUUCUUACUCAUAACGCGCUUUUUCGCAUAUAAUCACAAAGCUGAGAUGCAGGCUUUUUAAAAUUGUGUACGAACGCCGUUACAGGCCAAGCCUGCCCUUUAAGAAGAACUGCAUUGUGGGAAGUUGAGUGUCUAUCUCUUCUCUCUCGUCUGUCUGCACCGCCCAUUGUUUUCUGCUUCCUGAUUGAUUGAUUAAUUGAUUGGCUGUAGACCACUGUCAAUCAAUCUCCUUCAUGCUGUCCUGCCAUGUCUCCUGUGUCAUCGCUAGCUUGAUUGCUCGCUAGCUUGUAAAUGAAUCUUCGUCUGCAGCGAUAUGUUUUAACAAGAAUACAAAAACGCUACAGUCCAGCAAAACGACGCCAGGACGAAAAGGCACGGCCGCAGGAGCGGUUUAUAUAGGAAACAAUAUUUCCAAUAUUGUUUCCUAUAUAAACAUAUACUACAUCCAUCUAACUAAAGUCAGCUUCAAGUCAAAUAGCAUAAAAAUAGCUUUUCAGGGUCAUUUAAGUCCUAGAGAUGCAGUGACCACAGCUGCCCAGGGGCCUCCCAAUGUGAUUUUAUCUUUCAUAGGGCCUGACGACGCCCCUGUUAUGUACCCAAACUCACCAGGAGGUGAUCAGAUGUUUACAACAAAGUAUCAGAACUUUUCCUGGACCAGGACAGGCUGCAUGCAUUUGACGUACGCUACAUGUAAAAGGAGCACUGCUUUCCCUCCACUGUGCAGGGUGUAAAACACGACGGAGCCUCCCUACAAAGCGCCAGCAUGGGCCCACCAGGUGGCGGAGGCGCCGUAAUGACGAGGAGAGGAAGCUACGAUGAAGCCGCUGCCUCUCUGCGUCCUCAUUUCCGAAAUAUGGCUCAGAGACGACGCUCUGCCCCAUCGCUGGUUUUCGGGAAGGCUUUGGCCAUGCCGUGGUCUCCAAUCAGGGAGGAAAGCUCCUGCUGGGUGUCAGUGGAGCAGAGCCCUUUCGUCCACGGCCUCACCGGGGAGAACGGAGAGCUGCUGCUGGACGAGUGCGUUCAGGUGACGGAGGGUACGAAAACCAGGAAGACACACCUCUUCCUCUUCAGUGAUGUGCUUGUCUUUGCUAAGCUCAGGUCCGCUUGCAGCUAUCGUGUGAAGCACAGAGUCAACUUGGAGGACGUCUGGCUUCACAGUUUUGAGGAUGACGCCGAGCGGGAGCGUGGAACGGAGCCGGACGCAGACCUGAGGAGGACCCUCGCCUUUGCUUGGGGUGCCACUUUUUGUUUAGUGUGCUUUAGCUCUCCUGAGGUGAAGGAGCGCUGGUUCGAUACCCUGCACAGCAAAAUUAAAGAAGCAAGAGCCAGAGGUGGUUGUGCUUCUUCUCAUCAGGGCGUCCUCAUGAAGGUGUUGGCUGACAUCAAUGCAACUAAAACUCUCAUCGGAAGCAGCAUGGAACAGAUUAUUGACCUUCCACUCGAUGGCGAUGUAAAUAGUCAAGUUCUGUCCAAGCUGUUGAAUAACCAAGAGGACAAGCUGACACAGCUGCAUGAAACUAAGUGGAGCUUGGUGAGGAAGCUGAAGAAGGGCUCUAGUUUCAUCAGCAAAGCGACUCGAUCAGACACCAAGACUCAGAUUUUUGGACAGUCCCUGUGCCAGCUGUGCCCAGAUGACAGCUCGCUUCCUAAACCCAUCACCGAGAUGCUGCUGUUGCUGAGGAAGAGGGGUCCGUCCACGGAGGGAGUGUUUCGUAAGCCGUGCAACAACAAGAACAUGAGGGACAUCAGGGAUAGGCUCAACGGAGGCCUGGAGGUGGACAUGGAGGCUCAGCCUGUCGUUCUGCUGGUUGGGCUGCUCAAAAGCUUUCUAAAAGAACUUCCUGGUAGCCUGCUGGUCUCUGAGCUCUUUGACGAGUGGAUGGCUGCUCUGCAGAGUGAAGACAUCCAGCAGAGAGGACUGGAACUUAGGAGGGUGGUGAACAAGCUCCCGGGGCCCAACAAACUCCUCUUGCAGCACCUCGCCUGCGUACUCCAUCACGUCCUUGAGAGCGCUGACAUCAACAAAAUGGACGCCUACAACCUGGCGGUGUGCAUCGCCCCCACACUGCUGCAGCUGGAGGUCGCCCCCCUUGAUGAGCAGAAGGAAAUGAUGAAAAAGGUCACAGAGCUGACCCAGUUCCUGAUUGAGCACUGUGAAAUCCUUGGAGACAAUAUCCCUCAUCUCUUGGAUACUGAUGAAGACUCCGUGUCCUCCCAGCAUCACGACUCGGCGUACGACAGCACCGAUCCGGACGGAGACGGCGAGGCCGGAAGGAGCGGCUCGUCUCCCUCUCUCAGUCUCAGCAUCACCAUGUCCUCCUGCUCGUCCGACGGCAUCUUCAGUCCCAAGCCUCCUUUCAACCGCCGCUGCUCCGAGCCCAUCAUCCUGCCCUCGGCUGAUGUCGAGAACCUCUGCGGCCAUCCAAGGAGCCGUGAUGACUGCUCUGUGGAGAACUUUGAGAAGCAGCCUUUGAAAAAACAAAUCUCCGAUGAUUCCUUCUGGCGCCGGGGCCAAAGAAGCGACACGUCUGAUUUGUCUUUUUCUAAACUGAAGAGCAGCUCCAACAUGGAGCAGCGAAGCUAUACUGGGAAUCAAAUCAUGGACUCCUCUAGCUCUUCCCUAGAGAGUGCGGCCUCCAACCAGUCCGAGGGUUCUGUGUUCACCAGCUCCCCAGCAGCAUCUCCGCUUUGCUCCAGGAGAGCCACCCAGAGUGGUGUGAGGCCUCCACAGAUUUCUGAUGAGAAGAGACGCUCACAUUCAUUGAGGGCCGCUUGCAAGGUGCUGAUGCGGACCAGGAGCUUAGGAGGCUUCAGCAGGAGCAGCCUGAAGAAGGACCCCCAGAAUGAAAACUCCUUGCCUUGUGAAACGCUCCAGGAGGUGACUCCGGAUGAGCCCAAGCAGCGCCCCCUUUCAGCCAUCAUGGUGUUCAGGCAGGUCGACAGCAGGUUGCCUUGCAGGCCACCGUCCUACGAGCAGGCGGUGCACAACACGCCUCUCCCCCCUCAGUACGGAUCCAUGACUGUAUAUGACGCCAUCGCUCUGGAGAGAAUAUCCCGCCGCGCCUCUGUCAAUUGCUCCAGCUUGUCCAGCUGCUCUGUCAACCACCAUGUUGACACGCAGGAAGAAGGUGUGGAGCAACGUGUGGUCUUCCGCCAGAGGGCCAUGUCCGAGUCUGUGUCCGCUGGGCAUCAGGAGGGGGUGUCACAGAGAUGCAGCCAGCCUGUGUUUGAGGACUUUUCAUAUGCAAAAGAGUCCUACGUUUGACUGACCAUCAAGCGGAGUCUUUGCUAUCGGGCACGGAAAAUCUACAACAAGGGGGACACUUUUCCCUCCCCGGUAACCUACUACAUGGCUGCAAUUUGCUUUGAAUUUGAUCCCCCUCCCCGCUGCCUGAUAAUUGUGCCUCAGCAGGACAUUGUGCCCCCACUGCUACACUGUGUUCAUUCAUUUUGGGGCUAUGACAUAACUCUGGCAGCCUCAUAACAAGAGAAAGUGUGUUUCCAGACUGCAGCAAUUAUAAACUGCUUUCCUGUCUUUGUGCCGCCAUUCAAAGAUGUUCAUGCAGUUCAGUGCCUUGUUACUACUCCCUCUUUCACCUUGAAUUAAUCCCAACUUUGUGCUGCCGUCCAGGUAUCACUUUGUUAGUAGUACUUUUUAGAGUACAAAAUAUGUUUUUGAGAAUUGGUAGAUAUUUGGUCUAUCGAAAUGAAGCUAUUAUACUUUGUGUCGAGUCAAAUGUUCAUUGCAGUGCUGUGCAAAAGUCUUGAGCUGCGGAGUUAUCUUGUUUUAAUUCCUUUUGUCGGCAGUCAUUUUAGUAAAUACAGUGGAACCUCGGUUAGCGUCCAGACGGCCGACUCAAACUGAAACGUACUCUAACCGAAUCCAUUUUUCCCAUGCACACACCCCGAAAAUGUUAACACAAAACACUUUUUUGUACUUUUGCACACAGAAAACAAUUGGAAAUAUACAUACAUGACAAGUAAAAGGGAUAAAUAAACAUUUAAAAUUGCUUGAUUGUUGAUGAAGACGGCGAUGAGGCAUCAAGACCCACACGGACACCACCUUUGUGUUUUGCUACGGGUAAUUUCUUGAAUUCAAUAGUGUUUCUCACCUUCUGUACCAAAAUGAUGGCACUCGCAACUUUCUUUGGCUGGCGCUAUUGUGCGUUAUUUCAAUCGAUCGAUCAAUAAGAAACGCAGAGCCUUGUGGUGUAACUGUGCUAGGUAGCAAAGGACGACAGUCAACCGCUGAUGAUGGGUGACAAUGACUUCCAGUUUCUAUGCCAACAUGCGUAUAACGGGGACGUUUUGCGAUAGGAAUAUGUCAACGCAGCUGGACUCACGCAGUGUAUUAAUAAUACGCCACAUUGUACGCUAACCGGGAAAUGUACAUAAACCGAGGCAACAUUUUUUGCAUAAAUUUUCAACGUAAACAAAAAAAUACGCUAACCAGGGCGUACGCUAACCAAGGUUCCACUGUAGUAGGAAAGAUACAGGCCUUUGCACUGACAAGUGUAUCUUAUUGUCACAUUUUGUGUAUUUUAACGCCAAGGCGUUAAUAGUACUUUACCUUACAUUUCACUGCAUGCACGUGGCGUCUAACAAUGUGGUGUAAGCUAAAUAUUACCACUUUAGUCUUUAUGCUUCUGUUUGGUUGGUAUCGUCUGCUUGUAUUCUAACAACGAGACUGCGAAAUCUAGCAUUGCGGCAACAAAUGUAAUGAUUGCAUGACACUUUUGCUCAAUGCUGUUUGUUUUUGUAAAUCAGCACCUUGACCUUCUUUAUUCCACUACAUGAAAUCACAUUCCUAGUGAAGCUUUCUUUAUUUGUAAGCUGAAAAGUACAAUAAAAUACAUAAACCGUAGGGUUGUCAGAUUUUCUGCUUGAGCAUACGUAGUCUGUUAUGCUUAGUUCGAGCUUCUAUUUUUGUCUGGUUUGCUGGUUAGAUUGUCUGAUUGGUAUUUCUUGGGAUAAAUCUGCGUACUAAAUGUCAUGCCAGCUCAUGUGUGAAAUGCGUGCCUUGAAUCUUUGAAUAACAGUCAAUAUA